UGUUUCUCUUUAUCAAGCAAGCACGUCACGUAAACCCAACAAUAGCCUUCUAGGCCAAUCUACUUCCGGGUUGCAGCUUUCACCCGCUUCGUGCACAGUUCAUAUUGAAGCUUGCACUCCGCCAAACUCAGGGUCUGCGUCAACCCAGAGUAUCCGGGACUUGUCAAUCGUUCAAAGGAAAAUACUCAGGAACCUGGAUAUACGUAUCUCAUGGCGUAACACACAACCAAUGGCUACUGGAAUUAGAGUCAUUCGCGGUCCUGAUUGGUCAGGAGGUGACCAAGAUGGCGGCGAGGGUCACGUGGGAACCGUGGUGCAGUAUGGGACCAAUGGAACAGCCAAGGUUAUCUGGGAUAACGGGAAAGAGAGUAUGUCCAAAAUUGGCAAGAGUGGAAAAAACGAAUUAAGAAUUCUUGACAGUGCUCCUGUAGGUAUCCGGCACAUGGGUGUGACGUGUGACGUGUGUACCGAGCAGAAUGUUGUGGGUAUCCGAUGGAAGUGUACGGAGUGUGACGACUAUGACCUGUGUUCAGUGUGCUACUCUACGGACCAACACGAUCUAACGCAUCAGUUUAUUCGCAUGGACGCCGAGGGAGCCACCGGAGAACGGGUGCCACAGCGCAACAAGAGCAUGAAGGUGCGGGCCAUGGGAAUCUACCCCGGCGCUACAGUCGUGAGGGGGAGAGACUGGACCAAAGGGGAUGAAGAUGGGGGGAGCGGCAAGGAGGGGACAGUGACCGCACUGGUGACCCCCGGGAGUCGGUCAGCCCGCAGUGCGGUGAGGGUGCAGUGGGGGUCGGGCCCAGAACGCACCUACAGAGUGGGUCAGGAUGGCAAGGUGGAGGUCAGGUUCACAGAGGAGGGACCGGGGAUAGAAUAUUACCCCAAACAUCUACCUAGUCUAGACUUGUGCUCGGUCCCAAGGUGCCCCUCCAGCGCCACCCCAGCAUCAGCAGCGGAGGAGAUCAAGGAGGGGGACAAGGUGUGUAUUGAGCUGGAUGAAGCGGCGCUGAAGGAGCUGCAUAAAGCUGCAGGGAGCUGGUCGUCAGGCAUGGCACGGCUGAUCGGGAAGGUCGGUGAGGUGGAGGGGUUCGCUCUGACGGGAGAGGUGUGCGUCAAGUUCGACAGUCAGAAGUUUCGACUGCUUCCAGGAGCUCUCAGAAAGCUGCCAAGACUGGCUGUGGGUGACACGGUACAGAUCCUGAAUGAUGAACAGAAGGUCCGGCAGCUGCAGGAAGACCACGGUGGCUGGCUGGAUGAUAUCAAGCCGUAUUUAGGCAAGAAGGGACGUAUAGCAAAAAUCGACUCUGAUGGCGACGUGGCCGUGUCUUUUGGUCUGAGGACGUGGUUGUUCAACCCUGCGUGUUGCGUACCGGCCCCCGGGGGAGGAGUGGAUGACGUCACAGACACUGCUGGUCAAGAUGAGACGUCAGCCGAGGAGCUUCUCAAUCUGCCUGGUGCGCUGGCAAACCUCCUAGCAGGGUUAGUGAUCAUGAGACAGGCACAACAACACUCACGGAGGGAGGGGGUCGGGCUUCUGUUCAGAGCCAUCUUGGAGGGCGACGUCAGUGACGUCAGAAAACUUUGCGAACACGACUCCAGUUUGGUGAAUGCGGGCCACAAGGGUAUCCACCCUGUCCACCUGGCCGCCCACGAGGGUAAACUGGACAUGUUGAAGGUGCUGAUUGACAAGGGCGCGGACAUCAACUCCCCCGACAACGACGAGGACACCCCCCUCCACAUAGCCACUGUGAAACAACACAGCAACAUCGCCGAAUACUUGAUACGUGCCGGCGCUGACUUGAACAGAUUCAACCAGCGACAUCGUCAACCCGUUCACAACGCCGCCUACAUGGGGAUGACAGGGGUCCUCAGACUGCUGGUGGCGAAAGGAUGUGACGUCAACUCCCCGGAUCGAGACGGCGAUACUCCAAUCUUUGACGCCAUUGGUAAAGACCAAUACGAGGCUGUGGACGUCCUUCUGACGUCAUCGAAGCUGGACCUGACGGUUGCCAACAAAAGAGGAUUCACGCCUAUUCACACGGCGGCCUUUAAGGGCUCGGCUAGACUAGCUGAGAAGAUUCUGGGUCGAAACCGUGGUCUGGUCAAUCUGAAGAAAGAAGAUGGCUUCACUGCGCUCCAUCUUGCCGCCUUCAACGAUCACGCGGAGGUCGCCCGCAUCCUCAUAAGCGUUGGCAGGGCGGACCUGAAUGUUCAGGGCACAAAGGGGGAGACGCCAUUACACCUGGCGUGUAGGGAGGCCUACCUGAGCCCCACACAGGUCCUGGUCAAGACGGGAGCCAAUGUGAAUGUCAAGGACAACCAAGGUAACACCCCCCUGCACGUGCUUCUGAUGGGGAACCAGGAGGGGGCCCUGUUGCGGAUGUUGGUUGGACAGCCUCCGAAGGUUGACGAAGAAAGCCGAGUGCGCAUUGCCUGUUACCUCCUGCAACACCAGGCAGAUCUGACCGUGAAGAACAACAGUGACCAGACCGCUAUGGACAUAUGUCGGAGUGAGAAGAUCAAACAAGCGGUCCGUUCCUUCAGCCAGACAAGCUCUUCAGUUGGUCAGGCAUCACCGCAGGUCACAAUGAGUUCACAGCAGGUCACACUGAGGUCAGACGACCGAGGCCCUAAGCUGUGCUGCAAAUGUAUGGACGUCCGCGCUAACGCCAUCUACCUUCCCUGUGGCCAUAAAGAGACGUGCCGGAAGUGCUGUGUCGGCGUCAGGACAUGCGGCGCAUGCGGGAGAGACGUCACGAGGAAGGUCACCGAAGACGGAAACAGAAUCGGAAAAGACUGUGUCAUUCAAUAGACCAGGGUAGAAUCUACAGUCCUGUUCUUGAAAGCAGUGAACCGUCUCUGGCUUGGGAUAUAGUGAGUGAGUGAGUGAGUUGGGUUGAACGCCGCUUUUAACAUUAUUCCAGUUAUAUCG